CAGACGGGGGUUAUUUGUAGCGUGAUUCGUAAUGAGAUCUAAACUUCAAUACUAAUACUUUUGUGAACUUAUUUCUCAAUGUAAAUACUAAUUAGCAAAAAGCACACUAGUCGAGCUUUCUUUUUGUGUAUGAAUGAGUAAAAGAGUGCGCGCAAGAGUUACAAAAACAAUUUUGAUGAGCUUCAUUUGUCUAUCUCAGAAAGCAGAAAGGGAAAGCAAAAAUAACGCGAAGCAGUCUGAAACCUGAGAAACUUGUGCAUGAUUUUAGAAAUUCAAAAAAACAGUUAAAAAAAAAAGCAAACAGGAAGAGGCAAUAGUAUUUUCGCGGCGUAGAUAGUUAUGGUCUUGCGCCAGCCUGUCGGUGGAUUUGUAAGUGUCGCUCGGGAAGAGGAGGACAGGAACGCUGGGUGAAGAAGUGGUAGAGGCGGACUACUAACUUCAACUGGAUGAGCCGAGCAUCUGGUGCAUGGGCACGGACAUGCGUCAUCUAGCUACCUUGGCUUCUUCUUACCAGGCUUGAUGCUGAACAAUGGUGCGCGGGGAGGGCCGGACAGUAACACUACGCUGCUGAAGUAUGCCUUUUUUCUGUUUGACGUCUAUGAGAACAAAGGGAAUUUUUCAACAGAACGCGACGACAAAGAACUUCAAGUGAACUUCAUUUUUACGCUCGUGCAGACCAGACAAGAAGAUAAAAGAUGUAUGAUGAAAAAUUUUGAUGAUCGCAAGCCGAUUACAGGUCGGUAUAUGUAAAGCAGUACCACACUGCGAUGCAGUUUCGCGUUCAAAAACCAAACGCAAAUAAGUUUCUGAAAAAAUGCGACACAGCACGAGUAGAAAGGGACAGAGAGAUAUGAAUUACAUCAAAAUAAAAGCAAAAAGAUAAAGCAGGAGCGAGGAAAAAUGGCGGCGAAAAGGGACGUGGUAGGGUAUGAGAAUUAGAUAGUAUCUUCGUGUCUUGAUUUAUAUGGUAGAGCCUUUCUCUUCCUCCCGGUGAAGAUAGCUAAAUGAUUGCGUUGCGUCUAGCUUAUUUUUGUGCCUUGCUCUUUCCCUUUUCGGCUAGUCAGCUUGGACCUCAGAGCACUGGAGAGAAAAAGGUACAGAGGCAUAGCCGCAACGACAAGCAGAGGCAGUGGGGAUUCCACCAAGGUACUUCAUUUGCCUCUUGAGUGUUCGCUUUCCCUGCGCAGCAGGAAGGGGGGCACUCUGGCUAUGUCGUCCCAAGCGUGGAAGGAGGACGUGAAAGCGGACUACGAGGAAGAGGAG